CGGUGCUCCCGGCAAGCAACAGCAGGGUGGAUGCUGCCCUUGUUUUGAAGGCAACGUUGGGUUGUGGCGAUUAAGAGGCAACGUUGUUGGAAGUGGAGAGUUGGGGGAAGGGACCCGCUCCCGGCUUGUUAGACGCUCUGCGGCCUCCGGGCCAGGACAGAAGGCGGCUGCUGGGCCUCUGCCGCGGCAGCGGCCGCCGAGAAAAAGGAGGAGGAGCAGGAGGAACGGCUGCCAUUUUGGAGAACAAGGCCAUGGAGGGCUUGGCUGACCCCAUUGUUGCUUGUUUGCUUCACAGGUUGAUGCCCGCCUCACGGAAUGGAUCAGGCCUGCGAAGUGAGCAGGAGGGGCUGCCUGCCUCCUUUCGCCACUCCUUUGGGGCUAGAUGCGCCGGAGGAGGACGGGGACAGCAGCCCUUACGCGGGGGAGGGUCGGAGCGGUAGCCUUGAGCUCCCUAAUGGGUGCACUGUGGCGCUCCCUCCAGCAGCGCCCAAGGCUGCACACAGCCAAGACCCUUCCUCCUGCUAUAUCCCGCUGCCCAGGCUGCAAGAUUUGGCCUCCACGGGCAAUGCUGAGUAUUUGAAUGGCUCAAAAGAUGGCUCUGAUUCCUUGCAGGAGCUGGAAAUGAGCGACUCCAGCCCCGACUCCCUGGAGCUUUGCAGUUCUUCGUUGUUAGGCGGCCCCGAAGACUACCCUCUGCAGGAUUCUGCCAGGCUUCUGGAUUUUGAGACUUUUUCUCCUCCCUCGGAGGAAGACAAGGAGGUGGAUUCGGAAGCGUCGUUCAUCACAGCCGAGGAAAAUCCCGAGGAAGAAAUUCACUUGAGGAUGGAAAAUAGAGCUACAGCCACCUGCAGUAAGGAAGCCGAGUCUGAAAACGGGACAGACCUGAGCCCAGAGCUCCAGCUAGGAGACUGUAUAGAAAUUAGACCCAGUGAGACCAUUUCUGCCCUCUUAUCAACCCCAGUUCCUCCUCCAGAGUAUGUACAAAGUAAUUCUUACCAAGAGUCUGCUAUAGGGAGCAGAACUGAGAACGCAGACCUACCCUCAAUGCCUUAUUUACCUGGAGAUGCCGACCUGAGAAGAGAAAACCAAUUCAGCAUCAUGAAAGCAUCUGAAAAGGAGGAUCCCAAUCGGAGUCCCAUCACCUUAGGAAACUUGAUAGAAAGGCUUGAAUCUUCAAUUACUGCAAAUCCACCAACUCCAGGAUUACCAUCUGGCCGAACCAAGAAAAAACCUGCUCCAGUGAAAUAUGAAGCUGGAGAUCUUGUAUGGGCCAAGUUCAACAGACGUCCAUGGUGGCCCUGUAAAGUUUGUCAUGAUCCCGUAUUAGAUACUCAUUCAAAAAUGAAAGUUACUAAUCGCAAGCCAUAUCGAGAGUAUUAUGUGGAAGUGUUGGGUGAUCCAUCUGAAAGAGCCUGGGUGGUAGGAAAAGCUAUCGUGAUUUUUGAAGGAAGACAUCAGUUUGAAGAACUACCUGUCCUUCGGAGAAGAGGGAAGCAAAAAGAGAAAGGUUACAGGCACAAGGUUCCUAAGAAAUUUAUGGCUCAAUGGGAGAUCAGUAUUGGCCUUACUACUGAAUAUCUUAAGCAGAAUGGCAUGAAAAAUUGUAUCCGGGCUUCUAGCAAAUUGGACAGCGUCCAUUUAAUGGGAUCAUGUAAAAAGGACUCCUUAAACGAGCAGAGCAGGCAACUGAAUGGAUGUUUGAAACCAUUAGCAUUUGAUUCUAAACAUUUGCCCCAUGAUAAAGGAAAAAUAUUCACUAAAUCACAAAUGAGGAAGAGCUCUGAUACAAGGAAGGGGAAUAGAGUAAAAAAAUGUAGCACCAAGAGAGAGUGUGGAAGGAAAGUGCCAAUGAACAAAGUUAAAAAUACAGUUUCUGAAAACAUGCCAGAUAAGCAGGCAUCUCAUGAACUUUACAGAACAGCAAAAAGCUUUAUGGGUUCCAAAUGCACCAUGGAAAACUACUUGCUCUCUUCUUUUGGGGAAAGACAAUUUGAAAAUAAAUCUAAGAAAGCAGAAUAUGAUAUCUCUCAAAGAGACUGUCAGCAUGAGUCCUCCAAAAUAGAUUUGAAGAAAAAGAAAAGCCCCUCAGGCUUCAUGUCCACUUCAAAACUACAGCGGCCGUAUUCUGGAACUGAUGGUGGAAAUGGGAGAAAAAAAGAAAUGGACUCUGAUGAUAUCUGCACCCUAGACCCCCUUGACCAAAGUAUUGCAGCAGCAUGCAGAGACCUAAAAAAUUGUGACUCUAUGAACAAAAGGGGAAAGGAACUGUCUUCAGGGCAAAAAAGCAUUAAACGUCCUGUAUCUCUCUCCAAAAGUAGUAAUAGAAAUCGGAAACCUCUGGAAGGCUCUUUAGAUAGGAUUACCAGUGUUGAAGCAGGAGGUGAGGAAUUCCGUCAGCCAUCCUUUGAAACUGAGAUGGCAUCCGCUUACAGGAAUGACAAUCUUACCAUUGUAGAUAAGCACACUACACUCCAAAGUAAAGGGUUUACAAGUCACAUGGAUAUAAAACAGCUUCAAUUCAGAACUAUAAAAUGCAAACAUAAAGGAUCUGCUGCUGCAACAGAAUCAUCUCUUAGGAAGGAUGAAUGUACCCCUGACUGCUGCUUUUCUACUACCAAAGGUGCUCCUGGGUUUCAAUUAGAUACAUCUGCCAAAAGUGGGAAGCUUGAUGGCUCUAAACUGCCAAACAGCACUAGAGAGAAAUCCCGUGAUUCUGCUGAAAUAGAAACAGCUGUUGUGAAACAUGUACUUUCUGAACUGAAGGAGCUGUCCCAUAGGUCCAUGAAUGAUAAAGCUAAAGACUGUGGGCCACCCAAGACUGCAGUGCCCUUACUCUUUUCAUCUGUCUCAGGGCAGAAUCACUUGCCUAUUAAGCCUGAUUACAAAUACAGCACCUUAUUAAUGAUGUUGAAAGAUAUGCAUGAUAGUAAGACAAAAGAGCAACAGAUCAUGACAACUCAGAACAUAGUCUCCUACAGAAGUUCUAGCAAUGGCGAAAGUGCUGGAAGUAACACUCCGAAUGAUUUGACACCUUUGCCUACAAUGGGAGCAACUUCUAAAUUAGAAAAAAAUCAAGAUAGUGUUCAAGAACCAGAGUGUCAUAAACCCAAAGAAGGUCAGUCCUCUUUUUCACAUGGUAUCAAAACCAAGUUGAUCAAUCCUGGUGCUAAAAAAAGGGAACUCACAAAUACGGCUGUUUCUGGUACAUACUGCACCUCAAGGUGCAGCUGUCCAAAAUCUAAGCAACUGUCUAAACUAAUAGUUAACACAACAUCAAAGAGCAAAUCACUAAAACAUUUAUUCAGUACAGCAGAGAGUGUGUCCCACCAGCAUAGAGCUACCCAAAGCUCAGUUGCUAGAUCUCUAGGCAAAGCCAAGGAAGAUUUUGCAAGGAAAGUACCUUGGGAGUUGAUGGGACACUCCCUUGGUGAAGACUCUGCAAGUUCCUCUGAUGGCAGUUUAGUUCAUGUAAAAAUGAAGUCAGAAUCUGGUAAAAAGAAAGAGAGCUACAGCUCAUAUGAAAAUGGGGAGUGCCUAGAGUUGGAAGCAGGACUGAAUAGAGAAGGCUCCAUGGGGGAUGAGUCUAAAGAUGUAAGCCACGUAGCACCCAAAAAGCGAUGGCAGCAUUUUAACCAAAGCAGUUCUAAAGCUGUUGUAAAUCCAGAAAAGAAGCGCCUUAGAAAACCAAGUAAGCGGCUUCUGGAAUAUGCAGAAGAAUAUGAUCACAUAUUUGCCCCGAAGAAGAAAAAAAAGAGUCAGGAAUCAUUUCGAAAGACAAGUUCUCUGGAGAAGUCUGAAACCAAACAGAAAAGCAGUAUUGGGAAACAAGCAUGUAAUAAACAUCAUGAGCAGAAGCCCUUGGAUUCAGUUUCAUCCACUUCUUCAUCAAAAGAAUCUCCUCCAAUCCUUGAAGCUGAGCGUCCUCUGUCAGACGAGCCUGAUGCCCAUUCCAGGGAACCAAGAUUGGAAAUGCCAGUUUUGACAUUAUCUUCACCAAAUGUGUUGGAAGCUGCUGCUGCUGCUGCUGCUGCUUCUCAUUCACAGGGAGAAGAACCGUUAAUGAAAUCAGGGAGCUUUGAGAGUAAGCGCCAGCGGAAGCCCACAAAAAAGCUCUUGGAAUCCAAUGAUUUAGAUACAACGUUUAUACCAAAGAGAGAGUGGACCUCUAUAAAGAAGUGUUCUGAGGCUGGUCCUUUGGAUACUGAAAUGCCUGAGUUUUAUUCCACAUCUCAGCUUUUAAAUGCUGGCAAAGCUCCCGAAAAGGCUCCUGGGAAACAGAGGAAGAGAAAACGGCAGCGACGCAUCUUUGCGGUAACCCCCUGUAAAAAAGAGAAGAGUGGCAAUGCCCAGGAGGAGACUCCCAACACUGAGGGUGACAGAUCUACUCAUGGAAUAGUUGGAAGCCCCAAGGACACUACCGAGGAAGGUUCUGAAAAUGACCAUGGGUUGCCUUCGUCCAAAAAGAUGCAGGGGGAACGAGGUGGAGGAGCUGCUCUCAAGGAGAAUGUGUGUCAGAUCUGUGAAAAGCCAGGUGAAUUGUUGCUAUGUGAAGCCCAGUGCUGUGGUGCUUUCCACUUGCAGUGCCUCGGGCUCUCAGAAAUGCCGAAGGGCAAGUUUAUCUGCACUGAAUGUUCCACAGGAGUUCACACGUGUUUUGUAUGCAAGAAUAGUGGGAAAAAUGUGAAGCGUUGCUUGCUUCCUCUGUGUGGCAAAUACUAUCAUGAAGAAUGUAUACAGAAAUAUCCUCCCACAGUCAUGCAGAACAAGGGCUUUCGCUGCUCACUGCAUAUCUGCAUGACAUGCCAUGCUGCUAACCCAGCCAAUAUUUCUGCAUCUAAAGGUCGCUUGAUUCGUUGUGUGCGGUGCCCUGUUGCAUAUCACUCAAAUGAUUUCUGCCUUGCUGCUGGGACAAUGAUCCUUGCUUCCAACAGCAUGAUUUGCCCCAAUCAUUUUACCCCUCGAAGGGGCUGUAGAAACCAUGAGCAUGUAAAUGUCAGCUGGUGUUUUGUUUGCUCAGAAGGUGGAAGCCUUUUAUGCUGUGAGUCGUGCCCUGCUGCCUUCCAUCGGGAGUGUCUGAACAUUGACAUGCCAGAGGGGAGUUGGUACUGUAAUGACUGCAAGGCUGGCAAGAAGCCACAUUAUAAGGAAGUGGUCUGGGUGAAAGUGGGGCGUUUCAGGUGGUGGCCAGCUGAGAUUUGCCACCCUAGGACCAUUCCUAUCAACAUUCAGAAGAUUAAACAUGUCAUUGGUGAAUUCCCUGUCCUUUUUUUUGGAUCAAAUGAUUACCUUUGGACUCACCAGGCUCGUGUGUUUCCUUAUAUGGAAGGAGAUGUGAGCAGUAAGGACAAGAUGGCGAAGGGAGUAGAUGGCAUUUAUAAGAAGGCUCUGCAGGAAGCUGCUGUGAGAUUUGAAGAAUUAAAGGCACAGAAGGAACUGCGUCAGCUACAAGAAGACAAAAAGAAUGAUAAGAAACCCCCACCAUACAAACAUAUUAAGGUAAACAGGCCUGUGGGCAAAGUACAGAUCUUCACCGCAGACUUGUCUGAAAUACCACGCUGCAACUGCAAGCCUGCAGAUGAAAACCCCUGUGGCUUAGACUCAGAGUGUAUUAAUCGCAUGCUGCUCUACGAAUGUCACCCUGCGACUUGCCCAGCUGGAGAACGCUGCCAAAACCAGUGUUUCACCAAGAGACAGUAUCCAGAAGUAGAAAUCUUCCGUACGUUAGCAUGUGGCUGGGGCUUGCAAGCUAAGAGAGACAUUAAAAAGGGUGAGUUUGUGAAUGAGUAUGUGGGAGAAUUGAUAGAUGAAGAAGAAUGUCGGGCCAGAAUCCGCUAUGCUCAAGAGCAUGAUAUCACCAACUUUUACAUGCUGACUUUGGACAAGGAUCGAAUAAUUGAUGCUGGACCAAAGGGCAAUCAUGCUCGAUUCAUGAACCAUUGUUGCCAGCCAAACUGUGAGACCCAGAAGUGGUCAGUGAAUGGAGAUACUCGGGUUGGGCUGUUUGCCCUUGUAAAUAUUAAGGCAGGGACCGAGCUGACUUUUAACUACAAUCUGGAAUGUUUGGGGAACGGGAAAACAGUUUGCAAGUGUGGAGCACCAAACUGCAGUGGCUUCCUUGGAGUACGACCAAAGAACCAGCCACCUGCUACAGAAGAGAAAUCCAAGAAAUGUAAGAGGCGGCACGGAAAGCGCAAGUCACAGACAGAAAUCAUGAAAGAGCGGGAAGAUGAAUGUUUCAGCUGUGGAGAUGGUGGGCAGCUGGUUUCCUGUAAGAGGCCAGGCUGCCCAAAAGUCUACCAUGCUGACUGCCUCAAUCUGACGAGGCGACCUGCAGGGAAAUGGGAAUGUCCUUGGCAUCAGUGCGAUGUGUGUAACAAAGAAGCAGCCUCCUUCUGUGAGAUGUGUCCCCGAUCGUUCUGCAAACAGCAUCGGGAAGGCAUGCUGUUCAUCUCCAAACUGGAUGGACGCCUGUCAUGCACAGAACACGAUCCUUGUGGACCUAACCCUCUAGAGCCAGGAGAGAUUCGUGAGUAUGCGCCUCCCACAGAAUCAGCAGCUGGCUGCCAAAACACUCAGCCACCAGACCAGCAGCCUGCGGCUACAGGCCCGAAAUCUCAGUCCUCAGAGAGGCUUCCUCUGACUGUGUCCCUGAGGCUGCAAUCCUCAGAUAAACCACCUUCCUCUUCAUUGGCUCUGAGGCUACAGUCCUCAGACAAGCCGCCUUCCUCGGUGGCCCUGAAGCUACAGCCCUCAGAUAAACCACCCUCUACAGUGGCACUGCGGCUACAACCAGCAGACAAACUGCCCUCCACCCUGGCCCUGAGUUUAAAACCCUCUGACAAAUUGCCCUCCACCCUGGCCUUGAGGUUCAAGCCUUCAGACAAACUGUCCUCCGCCCUGGCCCUUAGAUUGCAGUCACCAGACAAGCCACUUUCGGCGGUGGCUCUUAGGCUACACCCCUCAGAAAAGUCAGCACCCACGGUGGCCCUCAGGCUGCGGGCCUCUGAAAAGCUAGCCUCCCCCGGGGCCCAGAAGGGGCAACCCCCCGAGAAGCUGUCCCCUGCCGUAGUUCGGGAGGGACAGCCCUCCACCGCCACCGAGGAGAAGUCACCUGGAUCUGAGACAGCAGCCGAUUGCUCAGCCCUAGAAGCGCCCAGGAGUUCAGACCCGUCACCUUCGGCGAGCGCUCCCCAGCCCCCGUUGCUAGAUAAGCCCACCGCCACCCCGCCGCCCUGCGGGCAGGUAGUGGACAGAGCUGCAGAACCUGAUUCUCUGAGGCCUCCGCCGCAGGGCAGGGCCAUUUCUGUGGGACCGCUGCCUCAGCCUCCAGGGAAGGCGGCCCCUUCGCUGAGCCUGAAGCCGCAGCUGCCAGUCAGACCUGUCUCCCCGGUGGCCCUGAGGUCUAGGCCGUCAGAGAGGCUAGUUGCUCCGACCGGCUCACCGCCUCAGACGCCCAGCAGGCUGCCUACCCCCGUGGACGCUCGGCCUGUACCGUCUGACAAGCCUUCUACCGCCGCGGGCCUGAGGCCUCAGCUCUCAGACAGGCUUCCUGCCCCACUAAACCCCAGGCCUUUGCUUUCAGAGAAAGCACUGCGGCCAGUCGACCAGAAUGCUCAACCCAAAGAAAGAGGCUUUGUGACUGUGGAGCAGAACCCUCAGCCAAAAGAACGGACAUCUGUAUCUGGCGAGCAGUCUUGUCAGCCGACGGGGAAAUUUCCACCCUUCCCAGGACAAACCACCUGCCCAGUAGAGAACUUGCAAAUGCAUGAAAAGACCUCUUGGCUUAGUGCAAAAGGGCUGCCACCCAUGGAGCAAUCAUUUUGGACAGCUGAGAAACUGCAGUCUCCUGAGCACAGUCUCUGUCCAGGCCAAGAAGCAAUACCUGCACCCUCCACGGAGCAGACAUUUUGGUCCACAGAGAGACUGUCUGCGUUUGAGCAACCCCCUUGGCCCGGAAGGGAAGCUCCACUGCCUUCUGGGCAAACUUCAUGGCUGACCAGAAACAUUCAGACAUUGGAGCAGAUCUCUUGGCUUUCUGGGAAAACACAAACGUCUGUGGGGCAGGGCAUCUUGCCUUUGUCUGAGCAAAAUGCGGUGCUAGGACUGGACCAGGACUGUCCUGGCCACGAACCUCCUGAGUCUAAAUCUAAGUAAAGCCAGUUUGAGGCCAGACGGGUCACCAUAUUUGUUUUGGUUGGUUUUUUAAUUGUAUGGGAAAGGAUUAUUUUUGUUUGUUGGUUGUUUUCUUUUUAAUUCAUUUCCCCAGAUUCUUAACCUCUAGCAUCAUCCUGCUCAACCUAUACAGAUACAUUUUAACUAAAUCUAUGAUGUCCAACCAAGGAGCAAGAAUGUAGGUGGUCUGUACCUUCAUUUUGCAAACAAUAACACUGAAAUAAAGAAAUCCACUUGGGAUAAAAUACUUAAUUCCAUUAAUCAGUUUACUAAUUUUGUGAGUCUGAGUAACAGACUUGCAUCCCUAGAUUAUUCCCAUGUAGCUCCAAAGAAAUAGUUUGUUAUCAUAACAGAGUUCUACACUGGCCCCUCACAUUUCCAAAAUGCUUAACUUAACCCAGAUAUUGAGGGCACAAAAGGAAAUGCAGCAGGUUUUUAGUGCUUAAUUUUCAUUCCUUGCCGUCUAACUUUUAGGAGUGAUUGUUUGAAUUUAUGCUGUCAGGGUGAAGCUUUUCAAAUGCAGGUGCUUAAAAAAAAUACUUGAAGUUAGUUGAGGACCUCAGUUCUGCAAAACAGAACAACUUGUGCCUCUGUAAACCUAGGUCUUACAGUGGGAAUAUUCAGAAAUACUAUCUGAUAGAUUCUUUGGGACUUAGAUCUUUAGUGCAGCGGCGUUAGAGCUCCCUCUUCAACACAGUUUUGCCACUAAAGACAACAGCAGGUUAGAAAAAUAAGUACAUUUUUUUGUCUAGCUUUUCAGUGCAGCAUUGCUGUUGGGUUUUGUUUUCGUUUUACAGUUUGUUCACCAAAGUCAUCUUGUAGUCAAAAUGAUUAGCCAGUGUGGACAAAUAAAACUAAUUUUGCCCUUUUCCACGGCAAACCUGCUUAAAAAUAAUGUUUGCAUUAUGUAUGGGUGUAUUUCUAAAUCAUGGGCUACUUCAGAAAAUUAAACAAUUGAUGGCCUAUAUGAGAAUAAAUGUUCAAGAUGAAAAAUGAAUAUUAAUAUUCUGAUUAGCAUCUAGUUUAGUAAGCCUUUCAAAUUGUCUCCUGCAACACUCCCAGGCCCCACCUGCAGAAAGUUUACUUGAAUUUAAUGGGACGUCAUAUCAGAAACAGAGAUAGCUGAAGUCAUAGUUCUCACACUGGAACAUGAAGAGCUCUAGCACCUGGCUGAGGUUCUCAUUCUUUUUUCUUCAUUUUCCAGUCAGUGCAACACUUUAUUCCUGACAGGUUGCUAGUUUGGUAGUACUGACUUUCACUCUGGUGGAAACAUCUAGUAUUACAUAAACAGACUGAAACAUUAUCUGUACCACAGAAAUAUAACUUGCUAUGGCACUGAAGGUGGUUUCUUUAAAAUUGUAGCUGGGGAUCAGAGCAAUUAUUACUUCACCCUGUAUAUGGCGAUAUUACUGUGCGGGGACUUCACAUACCUAAUCUGGCUUCCAUUUCAUACUAAGAAGUCAGCAAGCUAUUUGAUCGUUCUUAAAGGUUGCCACCCUUCUGUUCUAUUUGCCUGGGCAUCUGAACUCUCACAGACUGUUAAGCUCCAGUUUGAAGCAAAAACUUCUUGACUAGCUCCCAUUUGGUCCUCUUUAGAUGUCCACAUUUUUGCACAGAGCAGGAGUUCUAACUCUGUCCCAAUCUAGAGCCUCUCAUCUUGGAACAGAUAAUGCUGGGGUAUUCAGAGUCUGUAGGCAAUCAUCAAUGUUGCAGUGGCAGUUCAAAUUCAGACCCAUUUUUUCAGUGUUGGCUUUCCACAGUGACAGUAUCUACUCGGCACUGCGAAAUAUUCCCUACCUGGUUGUGCAUCUCAUCCUCUUCUCUGAUUCAUUUCAUUCUCUCCAAGUAAAGCUAAUGACUUUGUAAAGCAUUAUGACUAAUGGAACCUUAGUGCUUAAAGUUGGUUUUCCUUGAACACCUGCAGGCCGAGCGCUGCUCAUUGCUGAAAAUGGCGAAAUGCAAACACCUUUUGUUUCUGCGUGACU